AUGAUGGAGGUCGGUAGGCGGGUGGCGGAUACGUUUGCCGAUCAGAGUAUUUUGGUCACUGGUGGAAGUGGAUUUUUAGGCAAAGUUUUAGUCGAAAAGCUGCUAUAUUCGGUUCCCGGCGUUAAAAAUAUAUAUCUUCUUAUCCGUCCUAAGCGUGACUUAGGACCAAAACAAAGACUGCAAAAAAUAAUCGAGGGGCCUCUUUUCGAUCGUUUGCGUGCUGAGAAUCCAGCAGCAUUAUCUAAACUUAUACCAGUUUGUGGAGACUUAAUGGAGGAAGGGCUUGGUCUUAAUCAGUUAGAUAUGAACAGGAUCUGUGAUGAAGUUGGCAUUGUUUUUCAUUGUGCCGCUACCGUAAAAUUUGAUGAGGCAUUACGCAUAUCGGUUGAGAUGAAUGUUAUGGGAACACAGCGUUUAAUUGCUUUAUGUCACAAAAUGAGGAAUCUUGUUGCAAUAGUACACACCAGCACUGCCUAUGCAAACUGCGAUAAAUCGGAAACAGAAGAGAUGGUUUAUCCGGCACCUGUUCCAAUAAACAAAUUGUUUGAAACUAUUCGUUGGAUGGAUGACGAUAUGAUAAAUUCUGUAACACCUCAUUUAUUGGGGAAGCGGCCGAACACCUAUACAUUCACUAAAGCUUUGGCUGAGGCUAGUGUUGUUAUAGGACCUUGUGUACAACUGCUUGAAGAUGCGAAACAGCUGCCGCUUAUUAUCAUAAGACCAUCUAUUAUUGGGGCGAUGUGGAAAGAACCUCUGCCGGGUUGGACUGACAACUUCAAUGGGCCAUCUGGGAUCUUUGCAGCGUGUGGUAAAGGUGUGCUAACCAACAUGUGUGGCAAUAAUUCCUCUAAAGCUGACAUUAUUCCAGUUGACAUCGUCUCUAAUACACUCAUUGUCGCUGCCGCACAUCGAGCCAACACCGUGUAUGAGAAAGUUCCAAUAAUACAUUGUUGUUCUGGAGCACUCAAUCCAAUUAAGUGGGCUCGUAUUGUCAAUUACUUGCAACGAUUUUAUCGAACGUUUCCGCUUAACCAGUGUCUAGGUGUUCCAUCAACGCACUUCCAUUCCUCCAGAUUUCUCUUCGAAACAAAUUUUUAUGUUAAACAUUGGGGGCCUGCUUACUUACUGGACUUCAUUUAUCGCGUUCUUGGGAAAAGAGCACUGUAUGUGAAAACAUAUGAAAAAGUAUGGCGUCUUGUGGAGACCCUCCAUUACUUUACUACUCGGGGAUGGUCUUUUGAGUCAAAAGGUUUAUUGAAUUUAUGGGAAUCUAUCUCAGAAGAGGAUCAGAAGGUUUUUAAUUUUGAUGUGCGACAGUUAAACUGGGACGCGUAUCUAUUUGAUUAUAUGAUGGGAGUCAAGUUAUACCUGUUGAAGGAGAAGUUAGAAGAUCUUCAAAAAGCUCGUAAAAACCUUUUUUGGUUGAAGAUGUUCUCAAUUUUGUUAAGUGGUGGAUUAUGGUGGCUUAUAGCAAAAGCUGUAGCGAGACGGAAGUCACGUAAAAAUAGAUGGAUGCUGUGGACAGUAGGGUUCCUCUUCUCAUACCUUUGGUCUUACUUCGAUCUUCGCCCCCGCGUUCAGUUAAAAUCUCUUGAAGAGUACAAAAAUACGGCGUUGUGUUAUUAA